UUUGUUUGUUUUUUUCUCUGCGAGCCACAGGUUUGGACACAGCUAGUGAAGAAGAGGCAGUCACAUUAAAACCAUGGAUAUUGGCAAUGAUGUAGAUUUGUCCAACAAUAACAUCAUGCCUUUGUGGAAACCCCGCGCGGACAACAGUAAAAGGCCCCAGGACUUAAGCAGCGCUAAACCGCGGCCGCACAGUUGCCACAUAAAUGGGGUCAUGAAGUCAAACUUCCCUGAGGAGCACAACAAAUGUUCCUUCACCUUAAGCCAGCCUGCUGAGAGACUUGUGGUCACACCCCAGUUUGUUGACAAUAACACCGUGGUGUUAAAGCACGUUUUACAUAAACCUCCGAAGAAGACCAGAGUGGUUCGAAGCAUCAGCAUUGGCCACCUGACCAGUGCAGGCUUACUUUCCAAAUUUAGGUCUGAGGAUAACAGAUCCGCAUCACUGGACAAUAGAGUGUGUAAUAGGAACUCUGAGAGGGUGAAAACAAGUAAUGGGGAGCUUGCAUGGCCUGAAAAGUAUCUCCCAGAUUUACAACAACGUACAUCCAGUCCAUUAAGUUGGAGGUCUCAGAAAGACCAGCCUGCAUUUCAGAAGACUUUACCUGCAACAGAAAAUGAUCCUCUUAGUGGUUCCUCACCUGUCUUUUCUCCAGACACUCCUGACAACAACAACUACGACCAACAUGAACUGUCCUCCCUUUCAUCCAGUUCCUCGCCUCCAACCUCUCGUAAUCUCUCCAUAUCCUGUAGCUCCACCUCCAGCAUCCCUUCCCUCAUGUCCUUAACCUCCUCGGAGCCCCCAACUCCUCGAUCUCCGUCACCAGCAGACAGAGGGCAGGCGCUGCUCAGGCAGCCUCAGCCAUCCUCACCUACAUCCACACAGGACACCAGACAUGCCUCUUCAUCUUCUUCCAUCUCCUCCACCUCACCAUCACUCUCCCGAUCUAUCUCUCCCUAUAACAGCAUUGUCCUAAGCACCAAUAGCCCUGCCGCUCUCAAGAUGGGCACCCAGCAACUUAUUCCCAAGGGCUUAGCAUCUGAUAUCCGGCAAAGCAAGACACCUUCCUCUGGGACACAAGGUCAAGGAUCAGUGGGGCUGCUGGGGCUGGAUCAUUCCAAGCGUUCCUUGAAAGCCCUCAGCAUGGUGGAAACGGGACCCUACUUUUCUACAGGAGGGGGCCUCAAUGAGGGGGAAGAUGGUGACAGUGAGAGCCCAGGGGCAAUAAGAAGAGGCUUAAGGAGUACAUCCUAUAGGAGGGCAGUUGUGAGUGGCGUAGACUUAGAGGUACCAACAGUAGAUCCCAGGGGCCAUCGGUUGUCCCAGCCGGUCAUCAAGAGGCUAGGUAUGGAUAUUUUAGAUUCACCAGUUAGCCCUGCAAGUCCUGGUGCUGUAAGUCUGCCCAGUUUUGGAACCAACAACUCUGAGAGCCCUGUGACACUCAACCAGGUCACCCCCAAGAAUUCAAAGCCUGCUAGCCCUGGAACAGAAAAGCCUAAACGCAAUGGGAAAAACAAGAGUCCAGAUAAGAAGAAGACUUUGACAAGUCAGCUGACUUUUGACAGUGAGGCAGAAGAGCUGUACCAGACCUACAAGGAGAAUGCCUUAAUUAAUGACUCAGAUGAAGAUGCUGAUUCCAGGGAAGCCAAACCUGAUAACAACAUUGUGGUGCAGUAUAGGCCAAUACGUACCUCCUGGAGCCAGCUUAGCGUGGUUAAGAGAAGUGGCCUGUGUGAGCAAAUGAGUCAGGAGGAACGCAAAAGACAAGAGGCCAUUUUUGAGGUGAUCUCGUCGGAGCACUCUUAUCUCCACAGUCUAGAGAUCCUGAUCCGUAUGUUCAAGGACUCUACAGAGCUCAGCGAGGCCAUGACAAAGACUGAGCACCACCACCUCUUUUCCAACAUCACUGAUGUCUGUGAGGCUAGCAAAAAGUUCUUCAAGGAACUAGAAAAAAGACACGAACAGAACAUAGUGAUCGACGACAUCAGUGACAUCAUUUGCAAGCAUGCUCAUUCCAACUUUGAUCCUUACAUCACAUACUGCUCCAAUGAGGUCUACCAGCAGAGAACCCUGCAGAGGCUGGUCUCCAAGAAUCCGACUUUUAAGGAGGUGCUGACUAGGAUAGAGGGCCACCCUGACUGCAGGAACCUCCCCAUGAUCUCUUUCCUCAUCCUGCCCAUGCAGAGGAUCACUCGCCUUCCCUUGCUUAUGGAUACAAUCUGUCAGAAGACAGCUAAAGACUCACCACAACAUGAAGAUUGUAAGAGGGCUUUACAAGCAGUCAGCAAGGUGGUGAGAAAGUGCAAUGAAGGAGCCCGCACAAUGGAGAGAACAGAAAUGAUGUACACCAUCAACUCUCAAUUGGAGUUCAAGAUUAAGCCGUUCCCCCUGGUCUCAUCCUCCAGGUGGAUGGUAAAAAGAGGGGAACUGACUACAUUUGUAGACAACACCAUCUUUUACAAGCGGACGUCACGGCAACAGGUCUAUUUCUUCCUCUUCAAUGACGUCCUCAUCAUCACCAGAAAGAAGAGUGAGGAGAGUUAUACUGUGAUAGACUACGCUCUGAGGAAUGAGAUCUGGGUGGGUUCUUGUCAGCCCAGCGACCUCAACCGGUCACCGAUCAAAAGCACCACCAGCAUGCUGAGCUCACGGCAAGCCGGCGCCAACCACCUCUUCCAACUGAGUUUCCGUAGCAACUGUUCUGGUGGAAAGGUGACCAUGAUCGUUGGAACAGAGUUGCUGAAUGAGCGUGCUCGAUGGAUCAGCGCUCUGAACAAUAAUGACAACAAGGAGAGCCAGGACCGAACCAAUAUCAUGCAGGUGGAGGUGAUCAGAACUUACACUGCCAGGCAGCCAGACGAGCUGUCUCUGCAGGUGGCUGAUGUGGUGCUCGUCAGGCAGACUGUAGAAGACGGCUGGUAUGAAGGCGAGCGGCUGCGUGACGGAGAGAGGGGAUGGUUCCUAAGUGAGUGUGCUGAACCAAUUACAUGCCAGGCCACCAUUGAACGCAACAUGCGGAGGAUGGACCGCCUGCAGGGGCUCGAGACUAAUGUGUGACAGGACGAUAAGCGGGCUGCUUAACCCACAGAGGACGUUUACCAACCAUUAGCGAACCCUCGACAGACCAGUGACCUGCCUUUUUAAGCACUGAACUCAAAUGUUUUCACUAACUGCAUCACUGACCCAUCUUCAGGGACCAAGUGGAUGACUAUGGGAGCCUUGUAGCUGCUAGGACCUCACAGUGGGAUAAAGAUCAAGCCAUAAUUCAGGCUUCUCCUCAGCAUCCACUAAAUAUCAGGCAUCCUGCCUGAGCUUCAAAGCAAAUACUGCUAAAAACAAACAGAGUGGAAGACAGAUUUCCCCAAUAACUGAUUUGUCUCUGUGCAGGUGGGGUGGUUUGACUGUGGGAUCUGUCACACUGAUUAAUUGCCUAGCCUGGUUAGUAAAACUUCACACCCACAUCCAAUGUCACUGCUUCCAGCACCCUGCCACACAACAAUUGCUGGUAUGAAAUUUGUAAAUGUUAUUUUUUUAAAGCAUAUUCUUUGUAAAUGAUGUGCAGUUUAACAGAAGAGUACAGUGAUACUGUAGGAGGUAAAGCAAGCCAAACAGUGUGAAAUUGACAGCAGCCCGGUAUGAGCUCUGCUAAUGAGGCUGCUCGGGCCAUGCGAUUAGGAGCUUUGCCAGUAACUAUGAAGAUGUUGAUUGUGAAAGUGAUAAUAAGGCAGGAGGGUGUGAUUGGCAGCUUAUGUAAAGUGUGUGGGUUAAUGUGGAAACUCCAAUGAGUGUUUUAUCAGCCUCUGAUAGCGUGUGAAACUAUGACAAUAUUUGCAACAGAAUACUAGGUGGUGUAUGUUGAGCUGCAAAAGAGACGUGCUUAUUUGUCUGAAGCUUGAGGCGCUUUGUGUGAACAACCGAAUCCAUACUUUGUGGAUUAUUUUGAAAACAGAGUAAUCAGUCAUCUGUGGGUUAAACACAUUAACAGCUGGUAGUCUGUCUACCCUGUUGUCUUCUGUUAAUGCCACCAUCAUGAAUCAGAUGCUGCAUCACAAAUGUGUGUCACAAAGAUCCUUAGUCUCUCCAUUCACUUGAUUUGGACAGCUUGAAAUAUUUUACACACACACACACACACACACACACACACACACACACACACAGAGUGCCAGAUAGAGGUAUACUGAUCACUUGGAGUGUUUUGUUGGGAAAACUUCAGUUCUUCAUUGCACACACUACAACUACUCAGAGGACAUGAUGAAGAACCCCCUUUAGAUCCAAAUCCACCAGAACAAAGAUCAUAAAACUCUGUGUCCCAACGGUCCUGUGUGCAAUUCCUGAUGGGUCAGAGUGGCAGCAGGUGGUUUUAAUGAUGUUGGCUGGUAAUAUAGAGUGUAUAUACCCCCCCCCCCCCUUUUCAGAUUUAUAUUGUGUUACGGAAGCAUGAUGAAAUUAAUUUGUGUGUGCUGAUGGUGAGAUCAGAAGAUAAAGAGCAGCCCUGUUCUUAAUGCGAUUGUCCAGCAUGAGUCAUCUUUUUAGUGUCGCCCACCUAAAGAAAAUGAAUGACUUGGUCAGAAUAUGAAGAUAACACCAUCUAUCAAGCCCACUGCUCUGGACGCAGUCCAAAUGACCUCAACUGUUGAGCUACACAAACCAAGCUAUGGUGGCGGGCAGAGCAGCCAUCAGGAAGGACACGAGAAAAGCUUUGCAUUUGCUCUCAGGGAAUAUUAGCUUGAUGUUUGAUGCCACACGUAAGCAUGGGCUGUUGUUUCAUUUCCUCUCAUGUCUAUUGUAAAUUACCUGUGUACAUGUAAAUAUGUAAAGCAGCCUAAAAUGUGACAUGAUUUCAUAAAUACAGAUUUAUAUUGAAGAAACUUGCUUAUUCAAACCUUAUAUUUUUUAAUUAGCCACUCCUAAUAAAAGCCGAACUGUUUGGAGCCAAUCAUUUAGUC